AUGUUUACCACCCUGGUACAAGCUCUAAAAAACCAUGAUGGCAGAGUUGUAAAUAAACAAACAAACAAACAUGGCCGAACCAAGUAGCAAUGGUAUUUUUGUUGACUAUAGUAUUGGAAGAGACUCGUGGUGGAAGGGUCAUUUAAGGGAUACUCCUAUACCAGGUGCAUACGAAGUAACAGAUUUCAUACAAGAAUUAGAUGCAGUUAAAAUUAGCAAAACAUAUGGCUUCAAAUCAAAUGGAAGAAAAAUUUCCGCAGAUCCUACACCAAAAGGAAAAUACCUAAUGCCUGGCUUGUAUCAUAGGAAAGAUUUCAUAGAUGAAAACUCCAAUAAAAAGCAAACAUAUAGUUUCAAAUCAAUAGAUAGAGAAAACAAGAAUGGCCUUGUCAUUGGAGUUCAAGACAAGCACAUGUUAAAGGGUGAUAUAAGUCCUGUGAAAUAUGCUUCAGAAUACAAGCCUGUUGAAAUGUUACCUUCAAAGCAUUCUGUCUUCAAGUCUCAAAGUCAAAGAUUUCCAACCAUUUAUUUUAAGCCUAGAGAAGGACCAUCUCCAUCGCAAUAUGACAUCAAAUCUAAAAAGGGUAUACAAGUGACUUCAGUAUUUGCUUCAAAAACUCCAAGAUUCAAAAAGGUGCAUGUUCUGAAAACCCCAGGGCCUGGUGCACACACAAAGAUGUUACAAUAUCCUAUGCCCAAACAUAUACGUGAAGUUGGAAGGUACCAUGGUAUUUUUUUUCCUCCUGGAAUUUACUAAAUAAAAGCUGCAUUGAACUAAUUGAUAAAAGCAAGAUCGCUAUAUAUGGGUUGUACAUAUUGGACAACUCUCUCCAUUUUUUUUAUAAGUAAUUAAUAUACAUAGUAAUUUUUAUUAUCUAAUCUAAUUUAUAUUAUAUUUUAUUACAAUUUCAUAUGUUUGUAACCCUGUCUCAGAGCUAUGUGUCUUGCAAUGAUGUUGAAGGUGCCAUGGCGUCCAGUCCUAUACAGCACUUCUAUCAUAUACAACUAGCUAUUGAAGCUGGGCCAUGAGUAUGCAUGCAUAAUAAAGAAAAUU